UUGACAUGUUAUUGUAACACUGUGCUUUAUUUACUUGAAUAUAUGCAUACAAUUUUGUAUAUAUCAAAAAUGAUUAAAAUUAAGCAUCAUAACGUGUAUCCGAUUUACGUGAUUUCAUAGAAUGUUAAAGUAAAAGCUGUUGGGUUAUGUUUAUGAAUACGUUUAUGUUAACCUCAAAAGUAAUAAGAGUUUUAUUUUUACAUUCGAUUUCUCAAUCGUAAACAGUACGUAGUGUUCUCGACAAAAUUUUGUACACUCUAGUUUAUCUUUGGCUGUUCGAUUAUGAAUCCUGAUAUUCAACAAAAGAUUUCACAAUUCGAAUCAUUUGUUAAUGAUGUAUUGAAAGAAGAUCUAGCUAAACUUGAGAAGAAGCUCGACGAUAAGAACGCAGAUGUUGCUGAAUUUUUGCAAUUAAAAUCCAUAAUCACUACUUUUCAAAAUAAUAGCUUGGAUAAAAAUGGCUUCAAAACGCAAGUAGAUAUCGGACAGAGUUUCUUUAUCGAAGCACAUGUUCCCGAUGCAUCCACGAUUCUGUUAGAUGUUGGUUUAGGACACUAUGUGGAAUUUUCUCUGAACGAUGCUUUAACGAUCAUUAAUGUGCGAAUUAAACUGCUAGAACAGCAGAUUGCACAUUUCCGCAAGGAGGUAGCUAAGACAAAUGCUCACAUUAAACUAAUUCUCCUUGGUAUUAACGAACUACAAGGUUUCGAAGACUAAGUCGAUGAUAAUAUUAGUACAUGUAUAAAGUGUUUUGUAGAAGACAAUGCCUAUUGUUUUAUAUAAGUUUGUAAUUUCACUUGUGUAUAUAGGU